UGAACAGCGCAGCUGGGGCCCCGAUCAACCCCGACCAAAACCGAAUUCAUUACGAACAACUAACAAACCAAUUUUAAUCCUGGGCAUUCGCACGUGGAUCGUUGUACUUGACGGAUCUUUGUUAUCAAUUAAACGUGUAUUUUUUUUUUUUUAUGUUAAAUUAAUUUUUCAUCUUUUAUUUAAACAAUAAAUAUUUAGUGUUUAUUAAUAUAACAAUUAUAUUUUUAUUUACAAGUGUAAUUUAUUUAAAAGUGUAUUAUUUAUUUAUUUUUUUUUUUAAAUACGCAAUUAUACAAAUAUAAAUAAAUUAAUUUUGUGCCAUUGGAUUUAUACGUCUAGUUAAAAAAAUUAGAAAUAAAUUUGAUGCAGAGUUUAUGAAGACUGUGAUAAAUUGACAUCAACUAGAAAAUAUAUAAAAUAAUAGUGAUUAUUUAAAGGGUUAAAUAAUAAUAAAAAAAAAAAAAACAGAAAAAAAAAUAAAAUGUUGAUGCCAGGUGCCGCGGGUUUAAGUGCCGUGAGUACAGGAGGGGCUGGACAGGAUGAAUUGGUGUCUAGUCUUGGUGCUCUUGCUGGUGUAACACAACAACAAAAAGAUACCACCUGGACAAAAUUAUUUGUUGGUGGAUUACCGUAUCAUACAACAGACAAAAGUCUUAGAGAACAUUUUAAUGUUUAUGGUGAUAUUGAAGAAGCUGUUGUUAUAACUGAUAGACAAACUGGAAAAAGUAGAGGAUAUGGUUUUGUAAUAAUGGGAGAUAGACCAGCUGCUGAGAGAGCAUGCAAAGAUCCAGCUCCAAUAAUUGACGGAAGAAAAGCUAAUGUUAAUUUGGCAAUUCUUGGUGCAAAACCAAGAGGAAAUAUUCAAGCAACAUUUCCAUUUGCAACUGGUAUUCGUGCUGGAUAUCCAACAGUUUUACCAAGUCAAUAUGGAGUACCACCAGGAUACAUGUAUCAAUCACCAUAUCUUGCAGCAACAGCACAAGGUGGACUUGUGCAAUUACCAACAUCACAAUUGAAUCAUGCUGCAGCAGUUGCAGCAGCAUCACAAUUUUACGAGUACCAGAAUGCCGCGGCGGCCGCAGCUGCCGCAGCCGCAGCAGCAUCAUAUCCUGGUUCAGCAGCCACAACAUAUCAAAAUUUUGCUGAAGCUGCAUCAUAUCCAUACACGAGCGCUGCCGCGGCCGCGAACGCAGUUGCCGCAAGUUACAUGCAAACCCCGUAUACGUACGCAACAUUGCCAGGUGGGGGAACAUUACCAGGAGUAACAACGACGGCUGGUGCAUUCCCGGGAUUACAAUAUCAAACAACACCACAGGAAGCGAGACUUCAGUAAAAUAUUAGAGCUUUUUAAUAGUAAGACAUUAAACAAAACGUAAAAACAAAACAAAAAAAAACUAAAUUAAUUAUAUUAUUAACUGUACUUAUUAUUAAUAAUGAUGAUGACUAUCGGAUGAAGAAUUUUAUUUUUCACAAAAAAAAAAAAACAUUACUAUUUUGCCAAUAACAAUAUAUAUUUAUUUUUUCUUUUAAAUUCUUUUGAAAACAGAAAAAAAUAAUACUUUUUAACUUCCUCAAUCUUUUUCUUCCCUCAAGAGUCAAAUUCUCUUGGGUUAAAAAAUAAAAAUUCGGCUCAGUACUUUGAUUAAGUCAGCUCAUUAACUCCAAAGAAUGUUAAUAUCUCUUUAUCAUUAAUAAUUAAAUAUGAUAAUUAUUUUAGACUAUUCUAAAAUCCAUCUUGAGGAAAUUGGUUAUAUUUAUUUGACAAAAAAAAUGGCAUGAAAAUUAACAUAACAAUUAGAAUAAUUUUGUUAUUAUUAUUAUUAUUUUCUACUAUCUAUUGUAUUAAAUAAAAUAGUAGUUGAGUUAGCUGUAAAUAAUAUAAUGUUAUUUUUAAAUUUGACAAGAAAAAAAGAAACAAAUAUUUAACAUCUUUUAAACAAAAAGAAAAAGUAAUUAUUUUUGAAUCAAUAAAUUGUGUUGAUUUUCUGAUAAAGUGGCCUUAAAUAAAAUCAAAAAUAAUAAUUAAUAAGUGUCUUGUAUUCGAGGCCUUGAUUAUUAAAACAAAAAUAUUGAUUGCAAAUUGUACUUAUCAAUAAUAUUCGCUCAAUGACACAAACACAAACAGUAACACAUUCAUUCACUCACGCAUAAUUAUACAAACAUUGGUGAAAAUAAGAUGAUAAAAAUAAGAGAAAAAAAAAAAAAAAAAAGUUUGAAAGCUA